AUGAUCCAAGGUACCCAUGCCAUCCUACCUGACCUUCCAGCAGUAGGAGGAAACGAGGGGGUGGCCCAGGUGAUCCCAAGAGAUGCUGGAUUAGGGACGUGGAGGACAGCAGCGGUUUUAGCUGAAGACGAUGUGAUCUCGCUGCCCAAUGACACCCCCCUGUUCUCUGCAGCCACACUGGGGGUUAACCCCUGCACUGCCUUUAGGAUGCUCUCUGACUUUGAGGAGCUGAAACCAGGUGUGCUAAGUUCACCAUUUCAACAUGUUACACUAUAUAAUUUUUGUAUUGCACUGCUCUUUGUAUGUGAGUUCAUUCCAGGUGACACAGUGAUCCAGAAUGCAGCCAACAGUGGUGUGGAUCAGGCUGUCAUGCAGAUUGCUGCUGUAAGGGGGAUCCAAACCAUCAACGUGGUCAGAGACAGGCCAGACCUCACACAGCUUAUUGAUAGGCUGAAGGCCACGGGCGCCAGUCACGUGAUCAAAGAGGAGACCCUGAGAUGGGAUGAAAUGAAGGAACUUUUCAAGACCCGUCCAAGGCCUAAGCUGGCACUGAACGGAGUUAGGGGCAAGAGUGCAACGGAACUCCUCCAUCACUUACAAGUUGGAGGGUCGAUGGUGAGGUAUGGAGGGAUGGCCAAGGAGCCAGUCACUGUUCCUGUGAGUGCCCUGAUCUUCAAAAAUGUGAAAGUGCAAGGGUUCUGGGUCACCCAGUGGAAGAUAACCCACUCUCGGGAUGAGGGGAUCUUACGGGGACUGCUGGAUGAGCUCUGCUCCCUGAUCCGCCAGGGAAAACUGACCGCACCUGCCUGUUCCGAGGUAGGCCUCCAAGACUUCCGGCAAGCACUGGACACUGCCAUGCAGCCGUUCACCUCAGCCAAACAGGUCCUGGUCGUGUGAUCCAGCUGUUCCCAGCUGUUCUCAGGGUUUUGUUCAUUAGGCACCAAACGGAAGAAAAAGGACUGAAACAGGAAGGGACUACCUGGACUUGUCUAAUAAGAAACAGUGUUUUGCACUGGGUGCUAAUUGAAUACGACCCUGCAUACAAAACGAAGUCCCGGCACGUUCAAUGGGUGCAGCCCCAAGGCUGCCUCUUCAUCAUUGUCGGAAAAACAUUGCUCAAGCACAUGUAUUUUCCGUAGAGACUCAAAGUCCACUAUAUAUGUUAUUAGGACCACUUUAAGUCAUCUUUCCUGACAACAGUUCUUGGAAAUUAUUUCAGAAUGGUCAUCGAUUCCUUGACAACUUAUGUAUUGUCUACAUGUUUAUUUCUCCUGCAUGGUAACAUUGUUAUAUCCUGGUCCCAGAUCGGUUUGUGCCGUCUUAGCAACUCCUAUGGUUAUUACUAUGCAAGACGGCACAAACAGAUCUGGGACCAGGCUAAUGUGGUUAUGCAACAGAUGGUGUUCUGGUAAAACACUAAUAAACAUUUGGGAAAGAUUAAGCUAUUUUAUAGAGUUCCAAAUACUUGUUGUAUGGACACGAGCAAAUACGAUCAUGACGCGUAUUAGACAGGUUUAUUACUUUAAAAACAAUACUGCAGGGUCCAACUAGAGCUGUUACACUGACCAUGUUACCGCCAUCGGCAGUCACGAGUCAUGACUGCAGUCAAGUUCCACAUGAUCAAAUUCCAGACGAUUCCGCAGGUGAAGAAGCCGGAAGUGGAGGUCUUGGGCUGGCGUGGUUACGAGUGGUCUGCGCUUGUGAGGCCGGUUGGACACACAGCCAAAUUCUCUUAAAUGACAUUGGAGGUGGCUUAUUGUAGAGAAAUGAACAUGACUUUUUCAGGCAAUAGCUCCAGUUGACAUUCCUGCAGUCAGCAUGCCAAUUGCACACUCCCUCAACACUUGAGAUAUCUUUGGCAUUGUGUUGUGAC